AUGCGACUAGUGCAGUUGUUGGUAAACCAUGGUCUGGUGCUCUGGAUACUGUUGGUACCCUGUCUGUCGGUCACCUUCGAAGACGGAACUUCCGGUGACGGGGCUGAAGGACGCGAAAAUCAUGCGCCGGAGGUACAGGUACAAUUUCAGCAGCAAAUACCUUAUAAUAAGACCCGACAAGGGAAGGGUCUCUUCGACUGGAUUGGUCUAGGAACAGGACGAAACGUAGAUCCGUACAUAGCGAAAACGAACAAGGGUUGUUUGAAUGGCGAUUUGGCGGAAUGCUUCAAAUCCCAGGCUCUCAGUUACUUUUCCGAUUUCUUUGAUCAGCCGCAGUAUAAUUUGAACGAUUACGUGAAGGUUGUAAGGUUGUCCAGGGACGUGGUGAAAGAAGUUAGUCGUCAGCCGUACGAAUACUCUGGAGAAGCGAGGUCCAGCGACUCUGAAUGGGACCAGCUGAUGAAAUUCGCGUUAAGAAAAGCGGAAAAAUUCGUGAAAACCGUGGCCAUCGAGCUGCAGAUUCCAUCCGAAGAGACUGGAGACAACGAGGUGUAUGCUCCUCGAUUUUUAGACGAGAUCGCGGAUGAGAUCGACACGCUUGAAAAUAAGAAGGAUACUCUCUUCUCUCGACAUCAACUGAAGAGGCUGUUUAUUCCAAUGCUGAUCGUGUUGAAGCUCUUCAAAUUGAAACUGCUGUUGUUCCUCCCUUUGAUCCUGGGAUUGGCGUCCUUUAAGAAGUUCCUUGGCUUCCUGGCGAUCGUGAUUCCCGGUGUGAUCGGUUUCUUAAAAUUGUACAAACCUCUCACGCAAAAUUAUCAUCCUCCGGUUUAUAGCCAGAGCGGAAUCGCUUAUCCUUAUUACAAGGAUAAUUCGAAUCCUUACGAGCAGGGUGCUCAUCAUGGUCCGGAGUACCAUGGUGGUUUUCACGGUGAUUCUGUGUCCUUUGGACAGGACCUUGCUUAUCGAGGCUAUCAAGAGUAUCAAUCGUAG